UCCCAAAACAGACUUCUACUCGAUAUCCGAUCUACUCAAGCGUUCGAUUCGUUUGCUCGUUUCCGUCGUGAAAGUUUCUCGACGUUUGAUUGUAAUUUUGCCGACGUCGCCUCCUCAUAGAUAGCUCACAAAAAAUGAAUCUGAUUCAGUUCGAUCUGAAUGCAAAUAUCAAGACCUAAUUGUUGUACACGUUCCUAGCGAAGACAAAUACAAGAUUGGGCAUUUGCUAUCAUCGAUCCCGACAAAUUCCGAUCUAUUCCACUUUUCUACAAGUCUUUAUAAGCCGGACAACGCCGGCGCCGGUUUUCAACUCAAGAGUUUUGUACAACAUUUGAUUUUACAAGGGAAAAAGUCUUCAAGCGGCAGUCAAAAGAUGAAACGCGAUAAGAGCCCUCUGUUGUGUUUUAUUCAAGAAGGCAAUGCGUGCUGAAUAAUGAAGGUUUUCCAGAGAGAAUACUGAAAAGCAGAUGGGUACUGGUUGUUCAAAAUCGGUCGUGGUAGUCAGUGCGAAUUGGAAACCAGAAGCACGAAGUUCUGCUUCGAACACGUCAACCACGGCAACUGGAUCCACGAUAAAGACGCUAGCCGAGGCCACAAUGUAAGUAAAACAUUUCUUAUACAUCUAACUUUAUUAAACGAUGUUUUUAUUUAAGAGCCGAACCGACAUACUAAAGGGUAAGCAUCCCCUACUGUGAGAUUUCAGUCUUCGCAAUGUAGCAGCGAUUAAAAUGAAAGACUUCUCUUCGGAUCCGAAGGUUUUGUUUUGAACAAAAACAAAUCCACUCUCAACUUAAGAAGCAAAGAUAAGAUGAAAUAUUUGCAGUAGUAUCGCUAAUGUAAAUUUUUUUCGUUUUCCAAUAGCAUAAGGUUGCACUGACGAACAUUUAUUUUGAAAUGCAUCAUACGAUCUAUUUAAUUCAUUCCUUAGUUAAGUCCAAAUCACUGAGAGCCAGGUACAAAAAAUUUCUUAUUCGUCACAACAAUCUAAAUCUCGGAUGAAGCAAAAAAAUUAACUGCAUGAAAACGGGUAUAAAUGAUAGAACGAUUUCGACCACAUAAGUCAUUUGAACACAGGUGGCAAUUUGCAGAAAAAAAAUGAAAAUAAAGACGUCUGUUACUGGUGGGGCGAUUGGAUGAGAUAGAGGCAACAGCUGAUUCAUGUUAUGAUCCAAAGCGAUUCUUUCAUGAUCGUUUUCCAUUCUUUCAUUGGCUUAAGUAAUAGCGUGCUUAGUUGCCAAAAAAGCCAAUUUUGAGCGGAGUCUCCAUUUGAAUUGUAACGAAUGACUACUUUCACUAAAACGAACGCGAGUCAGUAUUUUCCAAGUUAUCUCUAAAACCGAUUCGAAUACGCAUGCUAAUUUGCUUUUUCUUAUGCCAAGUAGCUUGAAAAGAAUUUACUCAGCUUAUGAAUUUAAAUAUCACUAGAAGUAGUGACUUGCUUCGGUACUUAUUGCAAUACAAGUAUAACAUAAAUUUUAUAAGCCUUUUAUAUAAAUCCAAGUCGAAGAGAAAGCCUUAAACACGCCGCAAGAAUUUCAGUUUUUUGCCUAAUUUUCAUUACCCUCCUUUUUGUAAUAGCUGUACGACCGCCAUCGCAUGCAGGUGUUAAGCGCGCGAAAGACAGAAAAAAGUUAUUUCGCCAUCGAAGUCAAUUAUUCUCUCAUAAAAUAUGCACUAGUGUGUUGACACUUCUUUCAGACCGUCAAAGAAGGGGAUGAAAGAUGCGUUGGCGAGAUGAUGACUGCUUUAAUUACCGAGAACUGAAGCAAAAUGAAGAUGUAUAAUUUUGCAUUUGCCUUAGGAAAGACAAAUCUAUGUACAGAUUUUUUUAGCUUAUUCUCAUGAUCUCUGGCAGGUCAUUCAAUUUCUCAUAUCUACAAAACAGCAGUUUAUUUUGUAUUGGCCUUCGACAGAUGAUAACACAGCUCGUUUACAUGUAAAAUGAAUGUGCAAAACGAUUUCUUUUGGUUUCUUAAGCUGGCUGAUUUUUAUCUUUUUUAUUUGUUGAUCUCCCGUUAGGUUUAAAAUAAAUUAUUCAUAUUCAACUGACACGUUCAGAUAAACAUGAAUAUAUUAUCCAAAUCAUUAGCAGUUCUUUGAUCAGUUUUAAAAAAAAUGGGGUUUCAAAAGUUUUUCAAAGGUCUGUUUUUAAGGUAUUUAAGUGAAACCUCCGCACCACUUCAUAGGCGGCCGUGAUUUUAAUUUCCAACGAUUAUUCUGUUGUUUUAAUGUUUACAUUUAUUAAAGAUUUGCAUCUGGCUAGUUUGAAAGCUAAGUAGUAAAUUUUAUGCGAGCGAAAUUAAUCUGCCUUGUGUGAGGGCUAGAAGCUACACCAUUUAAUUCUGAAGUAUUGGUCUGGACCUAAAACGUUUUCAACACGCAUUGUUCAAAAAUAUUUUCCACUCCAUUUGUUUACAAAGCUGCCUCUUUGCAGUCUACAGUUUCACUGUAGAAAUUAUCAAAUUGGCUAUUUAAAAGUUUUGAGAUAAACCUUUUUCCUACGUCAAACCGGCAGAAACAGGCGUUGACAAACAUGUCGAACAUGGUGUACCAGUUUCAAGAUUUGCUUUUUCUUCACAAACGUACAAAUAAGAAUUGAAGCAGCCAAAAAUAACAGAUAUGGUCAAACCUCGUUACUAUGGAGACUGAGGAGGCCAUAGAAAGUGUCCUAUAGACGGGGUGUCCGUGGGGGCUUUCUUUCCCCAGGGGCAAAGCAAGGUCCGUGAUAACGACGUGUCCGCCGGUAUAGCGUGGUUUGACUUCACUGAAAGAAAGUUAAAAUUUUAGACAAUAGCUUGUAGGGAACCAAAAACAAUAACGGUCAUCUUUUUUUAAACAUAAAAGUUUCAGUUCAACAUGAUAGGAUCUCACAUGGUCUUUCAAUUUAAUGAUUGCACUUUAGGAAGCCAUUCACAGUCUAAGAAGUCAAAACUUUAUUUAAAAGCUGAGGAGACGUGCUUCAUUAUACUCACUGAACACGCCGUCCCCCAAGUUAUCAAUCUUGAGCAGCAUAACCAGACAGCAAGGCCCCGCUUAUAGAACUGCUCGUUGGCGUUUAUUUGACUUUAGCAUGUACGGAUUUCACCCACGAAUUUUAAAGUACAGUUGAACCGAAGCAGUAAGCCAUAAUAAACAGUCAGUACAACAUAAAAUAGCGAAUCGAUCUCUCUAUAGCAAUAAGUUAGACGACCUAAGCUUUCACGGCAAGUGAUGGUCGGUUUUCAACAUUGGAUCUUCCCUGGCCGGAAGCGCAAAAUCAUAUUCUUAUCGACAUUUGGAAAGAAAGCUUAGAUCAACUUAAUAAGAUCCAUUACUGAACGUUGCUAAUGACCAAAAAUGUGUCCAUUUAUGGGGCAACUGUGUUAAGUGCGCACUUAACGAAGUCACGUACUAAACUAAAACUUUGUCUAAAGAGAACUAGCUAUAGUGUACAAAGCCUUAAUCCAGUAAGGACAUACCAAAAAGCCUUUUUGGAAAAAAUAACAAGUUUACUACGUGUACCAAAAAGCUAUGCAUGCUAAUCAAAGGAAAUAGUUUUGUAAACUAGCAGAGUCGUUCCUGAACUGAAUUAAAAUGAGUCAUAUUUUUUUAGAAAGGAAAAUUUUUCGAAAGUUGCUUAGAAACUGUUUCACAGUUUUUUUCUGUUACAAAUGUAUUUAAGGUUCAAAGUCCACAUCGUUUAGGAAAAAAAGCAAAUAACUAUUUCUUUCUAUUCUUGUCCAGCUGGAGUCCAUUUAAACUUAGUCGUUCUGAAGCAGAGGAAUUGUUGUCAAGAGCAGAACCUGGGGCCUUCGUAUUCUCUCAUGAUAUGACGUCAGAGUUAUUUUUAUCGAUAUGGUAAGAAGACACCGUGCUUCCCUCAUUUAAGAUAAGGACUUCUCAGUAUUUCUGGAAUAAAGACUCGAAAAAUUAUUUUGAUUUUUUUGUUUUAUUUUUUGGGGGGAAUUGAUUCACAGUCUUAUUGUCACCAUUAUUCUUAAUUUAAUAUUAUCACAAAACUAAGCUAUUGCCAAGAAAUAAGAGCAAAGUAAAAUAGGACAGUUAAGGUUCAAUACGAGAUAAUCGCAUGUUACAAACAGAGCUCUGAGAUCUUCAGGAUAUAAACAGAUGGUCGUGACUGCGAUUGCUCCCAAUGAUAGGUCCGCCAGAGUCCCCAAAGCAAACGUUUUGUCUCGUCACGCAACGUUCCUCCCCAAAAAGGGGACAAGCGUUGCGUGACGAGACAAAAACGGCUGCGUAGGAGACUGGCUCCGCCAAUGAGACGAUCGAUUUCAUAAAAUGUAAUUCCUUUUUAGUGUGGGAAAAUAUGUCUGUCAUCACGCUGUUUUAGCACGUGACCAGGGAUAUUACGUUGGCGCUAGAAAGUUCACGACCAUCAGUGACGUGGUGGACUAUUUCAAGGACCACCCUCUAGGAGAGAUAACGUUAAAACAGGAGGUAAGAUUGCAAAUACAUUUACGCAUGAUCCAACGCGCCUCAAAAAUCGGAAAUUAACAUAACAAUGGCGUUAAAAAUCGCUUGAAUGAAUUUAGAACAUUUACGAACAACAUUUAGCCUUACUUGUAUUAGAAUUCGCGCAGUACUAGAAUUCACGCAGCGCUGGGCCGGCGACAAUUUUAGUACUGCGCGAAUUAUAAUCCGCGCGAAAAGAUUUGUGGUGUAAAAGGAGACACUCAUUGUUAGUUAUGCAAAUCAGUUGAUUUAUUAACGCAUAUACACAUUUGACAUAUGUUUUAAGUUGAAUUUUGCUUACAUUACAUAAUUUACAUACUUUUGAAGGCAUUUUUUGAGGGCCACCUCAAAAUAUUGUGGUAAUAUUGUAGUAAUUUGUUGAUAAAAAAAACACUCAUAAUUAUAAAUGCGAUAAUUGUUAAUAGCUCUAUUAAACAAACCAAAAAGGACGAACACGGAAAAUUACUAGCGCGAAUUUAUAGCUGCGCGAAAAUGAGUACUACGCGAAUUUUAAUUCAAGUAAGGGUAGUAGAAAGUAUAAAGGAUUCGGACUGAGAGAGACUGUCCAAUCCCAUGAACCUCGCUCCAAUUUUGUCUACUUCCAGUCUCUACCGUUUAAGUGACAAAGCGAACGGAAGAUAUAGAUCCUGGAACGAGCGUUACAGUCUCUUGACCUACAAAUGAAUGUCAAAUCUUCAAAAGGCUAUUCCUUAUACCAAAAAAAUAGAUCGAUAAAGAUAGAUUUAUCGGUUUAAGAGUUAGUAAAAGCUCCAGUAUGAGUACAAUGAAUAGAGUAUUAAUUUCGCCUAAGACAGGACAAUGCUGGCACUUAUUGUCUCUCGAAAUAUCUCUUGUGGGUCGAAAGUAGCACUACCAAGCAAAUUUGGAGGGAAAAAAAGGGGAAAGAUGAUUAAAAUUUUAGAAAACGUUUGGAAAAUAUUGGAUUUGGGGUUUGUCGAUAAUUACAAUACGACAUGGAAAAUUAGUAAACAAAGACCAGAUGUAUAUGGUUUACCUGCCCUUGAGCCCAUAAGGGGAAAAACUGGUUUAUGUGUAAACCUUUUUUUCUACAUUAUUUCUUUCAUUUCCAAUUCAACGUUAUUUCCCAAAAUGCCAACCUCGUCGCGUUACCAAGUUUCUGUUCCAGUCGUUUUUCGGAGCCCCUUGUACCUCGUCCCCUCUCUCGCUCUGAGGAGCAAAGUAGAAGACAACCCUUGGGAACAAAUUUGGAUAAGAACUAGAACUCAAUCUGGCUGAUACAAUAAAAACACAAGCCACAGGUCACAGGUCACAAAUGCAGGUCAAUGCUCUAUUGUCAAAUAACUGAGAUAAGGAGUAUCCCCGUAAGCUAAAACUCCAUUUCGGAGUGUGACUAGGGCUAGGAUACACUUUUAGUGUUACUUAUUUGCCGUAGCACGGUGAUCUAUACUUUAGCAUGCAUGCACUUGUGAUCUGUGUGUGACCGGUGACCUGCUACCUGCGUUUGGUACCUGCCAGAAUUCAAUCUGGUACUUUAAUCUAGAGUAAUUGAGGUUCCGGUCCGUGUGAAGAGAGCCAUUGCGGGGGCAUUUUGCGGUGCCUACAAUAGCUUACCGCCAGAGGGAGCAGGGGAUGGCGCAGUGGUGAGAGCACUCGCCUCCCACCAAUGUGGCCCGGGUUCGAAUCCCGGCGUCGACGCCAUAUGUGGGUUGAGUUUGUUGUUGGUUCUCUCCUUUGCUCCAAGAGGUUUUCUCCGGUUUUUCCCCUUUCCUCAAAAACCAACACUUCUAAUUUCUAAUUCGAUCUGGAACGCACGGACACGUUCAACGAGUUCUUAAGAACUCCUAAGUGCUCCUUGGGCAAACAAAUGAUAAUUUAAAAAACAAAUACAAUUUGGCAUAGAAGUUGCUUGAAACUAAUACAAAAACUUGCUCGUUACUCUUUCCUUUGCAGUUUAGAACACUUCCAAAAUGUACGUCCCACGUGCAAAUAAAACAUCACCCCGACAUAACUAUCCCCUCUCCUCCGGCCAUCACAGAAACUGAACAACUCGAGCCACUGGAGAAGAAUCAAUCUUCCUCUGCUGUUCAGUCGUCAUGUGCCUUUCAAACACAAUCGCCCAAAAUAACGUUUACGUCACAAUUUGUGUCAGCGGACCAAAGGAGUCUUUCUGGCCAAUAUGCUCUCGAACCAGUCCCCGGAGAUACGGAUGAAAAUGAGUUGUUAUUGGUUAAGCGACGAAAGGACACUCCUAUAACCACGAGGAAAAAGUUGACUAGAGCCAUGGCUGUAGAUAAAGCAGAGUCAUCGGGAGGUAAAUAA